AUGCCACCUCAAUCUCAUCCCACUCUUCAAAAGGGCAUGCGAAAAGGAACACGCAGUUGUUACGAAUGUCGGAAACGAAAAGUUCGAUGUAUUUUCACGAAAGAAUCUGAGAUAUGUGGAAAUUGUGAAUUGCAAGGUCGAAGAUGUACUGAGCAGAGAAGAGAAUUGAUUCAAGCAGGAAAUGUUGAUACGAGAGAGAGUCUAAGAGAGAAGAUUAAGAGACUUGAAGCGGUGAUUGAAUAUUAUGGUAGGAAGAGUAGUAGUACUGCUCCUGAUGAGGCGAAUAGGAGUUUGAAUAUUGACUUGGGAGAUGUACGGGUGGAUAACCUCAGUUCGGAGUCUACUCCGUUAGAACUGGGAGCGAAACGUACACCAGCAUCUACCCCAUCGUCACUUGAGACUCCAGCUUCAGUUGAUGAAACUUCCUCUCAAGAUAUCGAUCCCAUCGUAACACUUUUCCAUAACGCUAUCUGGAGAAGCCAUAGCUCUGAUUUAAUUCCUGAACGCAUUUCUAAGGUUGACAAAGCUGAAAGUCCAGCGACUGCGAAGAAACAUAUUCGGACUCGCGAAUCAUUACAUUCUGGUCUUAUUCCCCUAGCACUCCGUGAAAUAGUGGUCAACGCAACAUGUUCCUGGUGGUAUACAUGGCGACCACUUGGUUCCAUGCUCCAAUCAUCAACCGGUGACGUGAAUUCAACACUUCCAGAUUUUAUACUCUGGGCUCUUGAAUCACCUGAUCCUUCGAUAAUUGGUAUAGCAAUACUUUGCAUUGCAGUUUGUCUUCAACAAUUAGAUACUAGAAUCCAUCAGUAUAUUAUUCGUCAACUUCCUUCCUUACCCGGUACACUAUUUCAGGAACACUUUGAAAAGGUAGAGAGACUUAUUGUAAAUGAUGGGGAUUAUGCUAGUACAAAAGAGGGUAUUGAGACGGUUGUUUUUGCGGCCAAGAUCUACAGUCCAACUUCUCAAUCUUCACCGUCCACAUCUUUCCACCGACAAAAGUCCCAUCGAAAAAAAUCAAAGAAUACAAUCUUGGCUUUCAUUAUGCGCAGGAGAUGUAUAUCUCUCACUUCUUCUUGGACUUCCUUACGCUGCAGAUGGUCGCACUAUUCCUACAACUCACAAUCAAGAAAACACUACCGCCCAAUUCCACCACAACCUGAUAAUUCUUUCCUCAAAGGUCAUCGAUCGAAACCAACGCGGCCUCCACCUCUCCACCUCUCCAUCCCACACACCCAAAACAUCCAAACCUCCCUCCACACCAUAGCCCAAACCCUCCCCCCCUCAUUUUGGGAUCCCCAAACCACCCUCUCCCAAAACAAAAUCUCCCGCCCAGAAUACCUCGAACAAAUCGCCGCUCAAUGUUGGUACUACCACCUCCUCGUCCUCCUCCACAUGCCCCUCAUGCUACAAUCCAUCCUCGAUCCCACCCUCGAAACCCACCGCACACAAUGUCUCAGCGCCGCACGCAAUCUCCUCCGAAUCUGGCACAUCAUGCGCUCGGACAUCCACAGCGCAUUCGAAAUGGUAAAACUCAUCGACUACCAAGCAUUCGUCUGUUCCACCCUCUUAAUCCUCAGCAUGCUCGGCUACGGAAGCUGCGAGAAUGGAGAAACAGAUGAAAAUAGAAAUGAAAAUGAACAUCACGAUCGAGAGUUGCUCGCGCGUACGAUUGCAAUGCUCGCGCAAGCGGGAGAUUCACUCGGGAAUUUGGUCGCGAAACAAGCGGUGCAGGGAUUGGAAAGUUUGCUGCAGAUGGGGAGGGGAAAUUGUCCGAGGAAACAGGGGCGGAAGAUGGGGGAGGGUGAGGAUUUAUCUCUGGGAAAUCCGUACGCGAAAAUCGUGGUGCCGUAUGUAGGUGUGAUUACGAUUUCGCCGGGGGAGUAUUAUGAGAAUAUUGAAGCUGCGGUCGAUGUUGUUACGGGAAUGCAAACGGAAAUGCAUACUCAAAAUCAAACUCAAACUCAAAACCAAAGUGCCCCAUUUUCAUUUUCGCUAGAAAAUAAUCCCAAUCCCAGUCACAAUCACGAUCAAUAUCAUGAGGCAUUGCGAAACGGAGAUGCAUCGAAUCAUCAUAAUACAAACACACGAUAUGAAGAGCCCGGUACGUCUGGAGAAGCGAGAGAAGUACCGGAAGAUACACAGGGACAGAGACAGAUACAGAUGGAAUGGACAUCGAUUGAUUUUGAUUGGGCGAGUAAUCUGACGGCGGGGUUUGAAGACGAUUGGGCGUGGUUGAAUGGGUUGGGAGGUUGA